AUGGCGCGACCAGUCGAAGGAUUGUGCAACAGUGAUACAAUUGUCGUGAAGAAGACUGGUUAUGUUGAUACGACAGUGAAGGCGAGCAACGCAUCUGUAGUUAUCCUUGCUGCAUUAGAGCAAAUUGAAAUCUACAAGCAGCCUUUUGACCAGGUAGCGUUAGUUGGAAGCACUAUCAAUUUUACAUGUGAGGCGACUGGUAAACCAUUUCCUGAAUAUUACGAAUGGUUCAAAAAUGGUAAUCUUUUGGACGAAGAUAUUUACGGCAAGAGCAAUAUUCUCCUCAUAGAGUCGGUGAAGUUAGACGACAAUGGAAUGUACAAGUGCAGAGCGAACAAUGAUUACGCUGCUAUGAUGUCAGACUCUGCACAACUCAUUGUUAAAGAGAAUUUGGGUGAUUUCUGUGACUCCAGUCCCGCGGAAGAAUUAAAAGAACUACCAAAAGACUGUCCACAAAAUGGCAAUGUCAUGUUUCCUGUCGGUAAAUGUCAGAGAAACUCGUGCUUAGUGUCCGAUAUGGUAGAAGCAGCGGAGUAUUGCUGUGGUCCAACCAGACAAGAAGUCCGCCAGUUGUCUUGUAAUGGCUACAACCUGAGUGCCGUAGUGACUCUAGAGUGUGGAUGCAUGUCAUGCAACCAAUUAAAUACUUCGAAUCCUCUGGAUGAAAAUGAACCAACCGCUAUCACUUAUGUUCCAGUUGAAGGGGUGUUCAAAGGAAGAGCAUAUGAUUCAAGGGACAUCAAUCGUCCGUUGCUCUAUGGCGAUGUCUUUUUAAAUGGCGAGAAAGUAUCAUUUACCGGCUUAGAUGGGGAAUUCGAGUUCAAAAUACCACGUCCAACGACAAGAAUAGUGGUGAUGAUCCGAGAGAAUCUGAUACCCGAUGAUUUUAUUGAAACAUCCAAAGCGUUCGAUCUUCCGAGGGAUUUCUCGGGAACUUUUUUGAAAGAUUUCCCGAUAAAGAGAAAGUCCAAUAUCGUAGAGAUCGAUUCCAAACAAGCUCAAAGCAUGCCCAUGGCUAGAGAUCUUUCCACUAAUGAGCCUGCUGCUGAACUGCAUAUUCCGGGUGACUCUUUUUACACAAAUAACGGUGAAAAAUAUGAAGGAACGGUCAAGGCGUCUAUAGACUUUAUUGAUCCCAGAGAUCCCGCCAGCAUUGAUGAAAUGCCAGGGGAUCUAACUUCUGUAAAUGAAAAUGGUGAGGUAGAACAGUUGGACACCCAAGGACAAUUCCACAUGAGUUUUAAUGAUGCCAAUGGAAAACCAUUGAGUCUCAAGGGAAAAGUCGAGGUUGCAGUGGAGGCUGAGUUCAUCGGGGAAACGAACGCAAGCUAUACUGAUGUCAAGCUCUGGACCUAUAACGCUGACACGGGAAGAUGGGUUGUCGAAGGCCCACUGCGUCCAAUAUCGUCUACUCGCUCGCUUUCAUUACGCAGGAAACGUCAGUCGUACACUAUCUUCGUUGGAGAUAUCGUCAUCAGAGAUUAUUAUUGGGUUAACUUUGACAGAAAAGUCCUUGACUAUUGUUAUGUAAACGUCAGGGCUUACAAAGACUCCUCAAGCCAGUCACCAUUGUCAGCAUCUGCUUUUGAACCAACUGUUAUCGCGCAGAACGCGUUCACGGGUGGUAUACGUCGUUAUACUACAGGCCGAAACGCACGUAAUGGAGGACCAGGAUUGGAACGAUCUGAAGGUAAUUGUAUAAUGACUGUGUGCCAAAACGGACAGUUUCAUGGUUACAUCCGGGCAACUGAUACUGGACGAACUGAUGCAGAAGGUUCUCUUCAAACGUCUAUAUCAUUGGGAGGAAGUAAACCAAACAUAGCUGGUGUUGAUGUUACGCUAGAAACCUUCGGCCAAGAUGGAAAUGGGAAAGACUAUAAUGCUGUGGCCAAAGUAAAAGCUACAACAGCUCCAGAAUAUGGUCCAAUAUUUUAUUCAACUUCCACAAGUGGAUGUCUCUCUCGGGACAGCGAUGAAUGUAAAAACUGUAACAAAAAUCCGACCAAGGCAGUUUGUAGAUUGUGCAAUAGAUGGGGGUGCAGGUACCCAGUUGCAGUUGCAUUCAAAGAAUGUAUGGACUCCUCGGAAUCGUCAUCAAGUCCGCAUUUCAGAUUUUACAGGCCAGGGUCUCAUUCAUACUCAUAUCAAGUGUGCCUUACACCGAGGGAUUGCCCGAACAAAGCAGCGCUUUCACUAGCUUGGUUUCCUAAUCUUCCAUCGAAAUUCGUAUACCUAAAAGUGAAAGUCACUAGGAGGUCCUCAGGUGAAUCAGAAGUCCGCGCAGUGAGUAAAGGUGGUCAGAAUCCAACAGUAAUCGGCCAAUUGUAUGGAAUCAAAGAAGAGACAACGUACCGACAAAUAACAUGUGUAGAAAUCAAGACGUCCGGGAAGAUAUUUCCAAAUGGGAUUGAUAGAACACAGGUGGACAUUCACGUUCAGGGAACUAACUGUCGUUUGAAUUCAGCGAAGCAAGUGUUGCUUGAUAACAGGCCUACUGAGCAAAACUCAAAUUCCAUAUUUUCGUUUCUUCAACCAAUAGAUAGUGAUCCAUUUGGGAAAGACUUUGGGCUGUACGAUGACAAUGGUAACGAUGCAAGAAAUGUCGCGAGAAGGAGGUGCGAAUGCGGCUCUAUUUCUAAGCAAUCGCUGUCCUGCAAGGAUGAUGAAACUGAUUAUGGUUCAGGCAUAGGACUUGAGUUUGUUUGUGAUUAACUUUCUUUGAAUGUCACGAUGUACAUAUGCAAAACGUAAUGAAAAAUAUUAUUCAACACACCUAAUUAUUUUGUCCAAGAUCGAAAUUGUUUUAUGACACAUUUUACUAAGGUUCUUAUGUU